GCGGCGGGAGCGGGCUUUGUGGUGCCCGCGGUUUUCGCUGUCGGGGGCCAUAGGGGGCUGGCCUGGUUCUCCGGCUGCAGGCGCAUCCUCGUGUCUCAGGCUGAAGCUGCGGAGGGGGCCUGGAACUUUGGGGUUCCUUCCGGUUUAAGGAGAAUUUUGUAGAUGGGGCAAUAAAGUUUCCACCUUGUAAAGAUGUGGGGGCCUGUGCAUCUGCAAAGUUGUAGCAGUUUUCUGUUAUGGCAAACGUUUGCGAUAUUUGCGCUUGCUACGUUACAAAGGCCUUUGUUUUGCCUAUUGGGAAGCAUGGCUGCUAAGAAGCUAAGAAGAGCACAGUUGUCUCAGGAAAUGUGUGAGAGGCUGAGUCGCUAUCAGAUCACCACCUGUCAGGACUUCUUAUGUCUUUCCCUCUUGGAGCUCAUGAAAGUGACGGGACAGAGCUACUAUGAGGUGCAGAAGCUUCUCUGUAAAGUCAGCCGAGCUUGUGCUCCCAAAAUGCAGACAGCUUAUGAAAUGAAACUAAGGAAGUCAGCCAAUCCUUCUUCAGCCUUUUUAUCCACCACGCUUCAUAGUUUGGAUACAGUCCUGCAUGGUGGAGUGCCUUGUGGAUCCCUCACAGAGAUAACUAGCCCACCAGGUUGUGGCAAAACCCAAUUUUGUAUUAUGUUAAGUGUUCUGGCUACACUGCCUGUAAGCAUGGGAGGACUAGAUGGGGCUGUUAUAUACAUCGACACAGAGUCUGCAUUCAGUGCUGAAAGGUUGAUUGAGAUAGCAGCAAACAGAUUCCCUGCUUAUUAUGACUCAGAUGAAAAGCUGCUCUGCAUGACCCGUAGCAUCCACUUGUACCGAGAGCUGACCUGUUGCAGUGUGCUGAAGAGGAUUAUGUCUUUGGAAGAAGAAAUUAUUUUGAAGAAGGUUAAACUUGUAAUAAUUGACUCUGUUGCUUCAGUUGUCAGAAAGGAGUUUGAUACAAAACUCCAGGGCAAUCUGGCAGAGAGAAGUAACUUUUUGACUAGGGGAGCAUCAGUGCUGAAGUAUUUGGCAGAGGAGUUCUCAAUACCAGCACCUGAAGCCUUCUGCUGUGGUAUGGUGUUGCUGUGUCUGGGUCGAAGCUUUCUGAAGCAGUAUGGUGAUACUCUGGCUAUUGUGGCAGUCUCAACUGUGGUUAUCUUGACGAAUCAGAUUACCACAGCACUGAGCAGUGGCCCUGGGGUCCGGGCAGACCUGGUGUCUCCAGCUGAUGAUUUGUCCCUGUCUGAAGUCCUGGUGCCAAAUGGAGUGAAAACACUGAAGAAUUAUCAAGUGAACGAGGAUUCCCCUAGAGAUCAGUCUGUUGGAUCCUCUGUGAGUGGGAAGAGGGAUUCUGGUUAUGUGACAGCAGCCCUUGGCAACACGUGGAGUCACAGCGUCAACACCAGGCUCAUACUACAAUACCAUGACUUGCCAACAAGACAGCUCCUGGUUGCUAAAUCCCCUGUUGCUCAAUUCUCCACUUUUUUCUACACCAUUGAGAAAUCAGGCUUGAUUCUUCAAGACCAAAAGGAUGAAAAUAAUUUAGUUUGGGAAGGAACCAAUCCUGCCCUGCAGCCCAUACGAGUGAGGAACACUGCCUUGAAAGAUACUUUACAUGAUGCUGCUUUACCCAGCACUACUGGUGAGACUUCAGGAAAUACAUCAAAUCUAUAGAAAGGACAAAUGAAACCUCCCCAAAGACUUGAAUGAAUGAUGACAUUUGUUUUCAAAUCUCUGGUGAAGCAGAGAGUGAACAUUCUUCUUUUUCCUUCUCUUCAAAGACUAACUUUAAAACCAAGUGCUCUUCUUUGUAUAUGUGGGGCCAUAAUUAACUCUGAACUUAUGAAAAGCCUGUCUUUUGUUUAGGUUCAUUUAAGUGACUUAAUAAUAAAAGCCUCUGAACAACAUACAUGGUACUGAAGAAGCGUAGGCCACAUGUGCCUUCCUAUUUCACCUCACCACCUCAUCAAUUUGGAGGAAUCAAUGGCCAAGCACAGGAGUGUCCACAGCCCAAAAUACAGUGAAAUGUUCACUGGUUUUUUUUAAGAGAAUGAUAAGCCCACUCAGUGGCUUGAUUACAAAGCAAUAGUACAGUAAGUACUUACUCCUGUAACUCACUUGGAAAUCAUCAGAGAUGAUGUAAGAGUUACAAAUAGCGGGGCUCAGACUGUUCAGAAUGUUAGGAGAUCAGGUAGCAAUCUAAACGGUGGGAAGAUCGAUGUGUAUUACAGCUGCUCAGCUUUCUCUGUCUUCAAAGCACUUUUGAAGUAUUCACAACAUGACUGCAAACCACAGAACUGUUUACUCACCUUACAGACUUAGAGAAUGUAUGACUUGCUCAAGGCCACUAAAAGCAUCGCUGGCUGUGAUCAGGAUCUGUUCCUGGCUGUUCAGCCUAUAGGAAAGCCAUGGGUUCAGUUAGUGCCAGCUGCCGCUGCAGUCACCAUUGGCCCGAGAGGCUGGUUCUGUCCUCUGCCAUCACAGGGAAAGCCUCCCUGAGCACACUCUUGAGAAGCAGAGUAACCUGUACAGAAAUAUGAGAGGUCUGAAGUACUGCCAAAAUGGCUGUAGGUAACCCAGCAAGGAAAUGAGCUGCAGUGAGGCCACCUGGGGCAGCCAGGCAGGCAGGUUGCCAUCUGCUGUUUGCUGGGCAAUCUGGGGGUGAUGAGAGAGUUCCUGGAAGUACGUGGCCCCUACUAAAAAGUACUGCACACUGCUAAGGCUGGCAGUGCUAGAGAUAUGGAAGCUGAUGUUGCAUCACUCCCAGCCACCAGACAGGAUGGCAUGGAGGAGCCAGCUCUGCAGCUCUCUGCUUGCACACUUGCUCACACAGCUUUGGGCUCUCCUGUAACAAGGAAGUUCCUAUCACAACAAGGAAGCUACUGCAUUUCAAUAAGCUACUUCUAAAAGUAAUACAUUUCACCCUGGGGAAGAGCAAUUUUCCAGCUUCAGUGUUACCAGUUUUGUACUUUGAGGAGACCUUUGUAACAUGUAAUUUUAAUUUUGUUUUAGCUAAGAUUUAGAUUUUCUUUUUGACAGUGCUGCACUACCAGCCACUCAAACCCUGCCGAACUUGCUUGUAGCCAUUUAUCUGAGUAUCUUGUAAAUAUUUGGUAGAGCACUCAGACAGAGAAGUGUUUUUUGCUCUUACAGUCACAUGCCUGGUUCCAGGACCUUUAAGAAGUACAAUAGACUGAAGGCAGGGAAAAUUCCACUGAGAUGCAUUCAAGUCUCCAAGGAGCAACUGCACUCUGUUUAGACUAAAAUUUCUCAUUGCUGUCUCUCCCUAUUUAAAAAAAAAAAAAAAAAAAAAAAAAGGAAGGACUGAGAGGGGAAGCUAGAGGGUUUCAUUAUUAUAAACACCAGAAUGCAAGCAGUUUUCACUCAUUUCUGUCAUAUUGCAGAGCUGUUUGCAGUUGGAGAGGGAGAUAAGCUUUUCAAUGCUCUCUGCACUACCUGGGAAAUUUCCAUCAAGUUUUAAAAUGUUUUACAAACAUCAGUGAAUUAAAGCUUAAUCCCCUUCUUCUCAUCCCCAUGAAGCAAGUACAGUUUAAAGAGAGGGCUAAUGAGACUAAAAUAGUUGUGCUUUGCUGAGGUCACAGGGGCAGCGUGGUAACAGAACCUGGGUCUUUGAGUCCCAGCUUUCUGUCUUACACCAAAAAACAACACACAUUCCUACACCACAAACAACACUCAUUCCCUCCCUUUCCAAGACUUGCUCUACUUCCCUCCCUAAGAUAUAGUGAAAACAUGCUGGCAUCACACCUUGACACAACCUUGGGUUUUCCCCCUUGCUCACAACUGCUGUCCCAUGGAAUUAAGAUGUUGAAAAGAUCAAAGAGGGGUGUGAGGUUGGGGGAAAAAAAAUCAAGUCAUUGCUCUAUCUGCCUCGGGCAUAUUCUGCCUCCAUUGCUGCCAGUGAAGUUGGUGUUCUGUUGGGAGCAACCUCAAACAUGUUUGUAUGUACUUCCAUAUCAUAUUCGGGCAGAACUGUGGUAAAAAUACCAUCAUCAACAAGAGAGCUUCGCUGACAAGAAAAUUGGACAGAUGAGCCAAUAAGUCACUCCUGUAUUGACUAGAUGUAAUUUCAUUAUCCUUCUCUAUGUGAUCUGCAUUUCUUACUGCUUCUUAUUAUUAGCAUGCUGUAACUGCAGCUGCAGCCACCUCUUUCACCUCUUCAGAAGAGAGGGAUAAUCCAUCAGCCAGUUCUUCUCCAGUGGUAUGAGUGAGAUUUUUACCAGAGAGAUUAAUGGUUAGUUGAAGAGAAUUGUUCCCAACAGGGCCAAGCAAAAAGCAAUGUGCAUGAGAUGAAGACAAGGAAACAAAUCUAUAGAUUUAAAACUCUUAAAUUAUUUUCCCCUUAGCUUCCCUUGUUCACACUGAUAGAUAACCAGACAUGCAAAGCUGGAUGUAUAUUGACAGUGACCACUGUAAGCAGAAGAGCUUCUCGUACUGUGCAAACAAACCUGAAGUCAGUCAGCUACCAAAAACAGAUCAGUAUGUACCAGCUAUUCCAGCCCUUGUAGAUGAGAGACACUGGGAUGAAAAUCAGUCCUCCUGUCUCUCCCGUGACCUUACAAUGUACCCCAGCAUCAGAACCUUUGGCCUCUUAAUGCUGUUGCCUUUUGUGACAAGGCUCCAGCAUUGGUCCUUGGGUAGGCUGCUUCUCUAGCACCCUUCCCUGCAGAGGAUCCAGACUCAGUGCAAAUGCUGUACACAGUGCUCAUUUCAUUCCCUGCUGAAAGGCAGCCAGGCCUGAGGUGGAACAUGGCAAGCACUUUGCCGCACCUGGCAACUCCACACAGCUGCUGAAAACAAGCGAGGAAGAAAGCAGUGUACAAAUGCAGGGGAAUUUUCACAUAGGCAGGAUGUAAUUAGCAGAGCUGGAAUUUGGCCAGGACACUGGGGUUAAAACACUCGCUUGCAGGUAACACACUGGGAUCUUUCAUAAUUCAAAUGCUCAGGAUCUCCCAUUUCCAUUUUACCUGGAAGAUGUCAGAGGACUGUUCCCUAUUUAAUGGCCAUGGGCAGCUCUCGAACAUCUGACACAAAGGAAGAAGUGUCUAAAUGGUGCUGCACCUGCAGAGCUUCUCUGCCAGCAACUGCCCACCAUGAACAACAGCUGAAAAGAUCACAUCCUGAUAGGACCACGGCUGCACCACCGUAAAACACACCUCCAUGCCUUGGGGUUCUCUUCACCCCUAACUCUCAUUAUUCAGUUUUCAGGUCAAAUUCCUUCCAAACAGACAGAAAGAUGAUAAAAUUAGGGCAGCACCUUACACACAAAACACAACAAAGAGAAUAUUACUAUUAGAUGCUGCUUCAUACUUAUUCUCUGCCAUUUGAAAUAAUACCAGAUAGCUAUUGGACAACAGAGAAUUUAAAUGAAGCACUUCUCCCCAGUGUUGAUGAGUGAGCUUUUCCAGCUGGCCUUGCUGGUAAUACACAGAGCAUAAAGAGCUUUUGCCACCUUCUUCCUUCCAGCAGGGAAAUCAUGUUCAAAGCAGCAAAACAUUUUUUUCCACUUCAUGAUCUCACUUUUGGUAAAAGCAAUUUUUCUGUUUACUAUAAAGAUGUUGAAUGCCCACAAAAGAUCAGGGAAGUCACUCAUGAAGCUCACAUGUGUAAAGUCUGCAUUAUGUUUCUACCAUGAUGUGGCCCACAGUCCGAAAUAUAAAUAAUUGCAAAUCUCUAACCCCUUGGCAGUCAGGCCUGCAGACAUGUCCAAGAUCUGACCUCCCCUGUGUGGUGCAGUGUGUGCAAGCAAAACAAGAAGUGUUCCUGCCAUCUGAAAAAGCAUAAUCUCUACAUCAGUAAGUCAUAAAAAAGGGACCCCUCCUCUGCCUCUGAGAGCUUACCAUGCCAACCUUUGGUUUAUUUUAGGGAGGGGAUGGUUUGUAUGCCCAGGCUGCCAUGGAAGCCCCUUCUUUGUCAAGUGUUGUUUAAUACAACCACCAACCAAACUUGACGAGAGUACCUCAGUCAGUGGGACAACAAACCUACAGACAGCCUCUCAUGGCAAAAUGCACUGGGGAGAGUAAAGAACGGGCAGCUGCAGGCAACAGGAAAUCCAGCACUAAUAAAUAAAAUGUCUUAUAGCCAGAAAGAGGAAAUAAACAGCAGCAGCACAAACUGAGAGGACAGAAGAGAGCAUAACUGUGGCAUGGGAAUCACUGAGUUACAGUGAGCUUAUUUUUACAGAACGUUGUCCCAGUUUGUUAUGUGUUCAGACUGCAAGAAGAGUGGGGGAGUGGGGGGACUGCUCAAAGAGAGGGUCUCUAUCAGAAGUUGUCAACAACCACUGUAAUUAAGGAAGCAGCCAGAGCACACACAACCAGAGCUGCUGCCAAAGUGAAAUGAAAGCAUUUUUUGUUUUCAGCUGUAGCCCCAAAGGAUAAUAAAAGAUGGUUCUACUAUGCCAAGUGAGAAGCUGCAGGGACACCGUUUCUAGAUGGCCCUCCUCCCAUCUUUCCAAAAUUAUACACUGUGGGGAAGCAGCAAGUUACUGUUCCUGUGUGCUUUCAGAGCCCAUGCCUGCACACCCCAUCUGCCUGCAGCCACCUGGGAAGGCCAGCCACAAGACAGGUGGGCCCCCAACCACCAUGGUGACAAUGGAGGUGGCACCAGCUGAGCUCUGCCCCCAGCCAGUGGGUUGUGCUGGCACUGCUUGGUUCAGACUGCUGAAGCAGCAACACUGAGUAUUUCUCCCCUUGCCCUCAGCUAUGGGUUUCACCACAGUCCCACAGCAUUGCCACCACCAGUGGGAGCCGCCGUAUUCAGAAGAGUCACACCCCGCUUUCCUCCUGAGGGCAGCUGCAUUUAGGGGGCUCACUGGUGUCUUGGCAAGGAGCCUCGUUCAUGGCCGCUCUUCUUGCUGCUGACAGCAUAGGUGGCCUGCGCCCAUGCAGCGGCAGGUGCUGGGGAGCAGCAUGUGGGCUGGCAGAGCCGAGGGGGUUUGGUACGGAUCUUCUCAACCACGGGAUGUGAAGCUUUCACUGGUGGCUGCAGAAACUGGUGUGCAGGUUCAGCAAAGGGAAAGAAGUCAUUCAGAAAUUGCAUGCAUAUUUCUGAAUUCAUUCAUUGCGUGGCGUUUGCUUUUCAUCCUCCCCCCAGGUUCUGUGUGCAUUGCUGGCAUUCUCUCCCAAUCCUAUAUAAUAAUUCCCAGGUCUCCACAAGCCACUGCCUGCCAAUGGAGCCCACAGUCACUGGCCCGCCAGCCCGGUCACAUGAAAAGUUACACGCAAAGGUUUAAUGCUUUCUCCUGACCCCAGCCCCUGUUCCUGUGAAUCCCCUGCAGUGUUUUCUUAAUCAGGUGCCAGGGAAGCUUUGCACUGAGCAGGGUGCUAAGAAGGUGGCUGUUUAGCUGCAGAAUUUCCACACUCUUUGAGCUCUCUCCCGAGCUGUAAAUGCAAGCAGUGGAACCAGGCGAAUGUCUGACAAGGCUGCCAUUUAGACCUGAAGCUGCUUUCCAACCAAAGGCACAUCGCGAUUGCCUCACUUGCUCUAUCCCAACUGCUGCACUAAUGGUUAAUUGCUUCAGCAAGUAUGGAAAUCACUUCUCAAAGCCUGCAUACAAGGUACACAGCUAUGGUCCGGUAGAAUUUUAGCCUUUGCUGGACAUUGACAAUCUGUCUGUUACUAGGGAGUCAAAAAGAAAAUACAGCCCUUCCAUUACCGAAUUCUAGAUGAUGCAGGUAUUUAGUUCAUCACACAGCUUGUGAAAGUGGAAACUUUUGUGUCACCCUUAUAUAUAUGACAUAUCAGAAAAAACACAUGCUUUUGGAGAAUCUCAAAUGGAAGUGAUCUUUUAAUAAAUCUGGACGACAGGCAGAAAUAUUCAAGGGCUGUUUCUGAUGUAUCAGCAGCUACAGUAGUUUCCUGCUAUCAGUGUGAUGUGAGGGAGGGCAGGUAUCUCCUGCAGGAAGAGUUCUUGUCUUCCACCGGAUGUUUUUAUGCUCAGCUUUUGGAAGCGUGGGAGCUGUGUCUAGCAGUCAGGGCCUAAUGUUCCUCUGGGUUUCAUUCAGACCACAGAAAGACAAACCAGUUGCACCUUUGUGCCAAACAGUUGGAUAAUCAAACUGAGCAU